CAGAUUCGAGCGCGGCGGCCGUUGUUUCCGUUGGCGGUUUCGCGCGCCGUUGUCCCCUCACACCGCUGCUGGCUGCCAUGGCCGCUCCUCCCAAGCGCGGACGGCUGGAGGGCAGGAUCAAGAAGAUCGCGGUCGAGGGCAACAUCGCUGCAGGGAAAUCAACGUUUGUGGAGAUUCUCAAACAAGCUGAUGAGGAGUGGGAAGUUGUUCCUGAGCCUAUAGCAAGAUGGUGCAAUGUCCAGCCCAGCUCUGAAGAGGAUUGUGAGGAGCUGACCACAUCACAGAAGAGUGGUGGAAAUGUGCUUCAGAUGAUGUAUGAAAAACCAGAGAGGUGGUCUUUCACUUUCCAAACAUACGCGUGCCUGAGCAGGAUCCGGGCUCAGCUCAGGUCCCUUGAUGGCAAGCUCAGGGAGGCAGAGAAUCCUGUUGUUUUCUUCGAGCGAUCUGUCUACAGUGACAGGUACAUCUUUGCAGCCAAUUUAUAUGAGUCUGAUUGCAUGAAUGAAACUGAGUGGACUGUUUACCAAGACUGGCACAACUGGAUGAAUCAGCAUUUUGGUCAGAGGUUGAUGCUGGAUGGCAUCAUUUAUCUCAGAGCCACUCCCGAGAAAUGCUUAAAUAGGAUUUACUUGCGUGGAAGAGAUGAAGAGCAAGAAAUUCCCAUUGAAUAUCUGGAGAAGCUUCACUAUAAACAUGAAAGUUGGCUUCAGCAUAGGACACUGCGAACGGAUUUUGAGUAUCUCCAGGAAAUACCUAUUUUAACGUUAGAUGUUAAUGAAGACUUCAAAGGCAAAAAGGACAGAUAUGAUCACAUGACUGAAAAGGUCAAAGAAUUUUUGAGCAUGUUAUAAUCCUCUUUGAAGCACAGGCAGAGUCAAACUGUUCCAAACAUCUGCACGACCAAAGCCUGAAGUGCAGCUUCUGCUUUUAUAGAAGGCCUCUGGAGAGGCAGGACUCAAUCCUGUUGAUUUAAUUAUGAGGAACAAACAAGCUUUGUGAAUAGGAAAUUAUUUAAUAAAUCACUAGGUCUGUUCAAUAUUUUAUGAAGUAAUACACACAAAUUCUGAAGAUACUCAAAUUCCAAGAGUUCCCAAAUGUUUUGCCUGUUUCUAAUCAGACCAUUAAGUUCUGGAGUAUUUAAUUUUAUUUUUUUAAAUUUAUUUUGUGCCCAAUAGCUGUUUAAUGUUCAAGAAGUAGUGGGUUUUUAGAUCUCUUGACUGUUUUCAGUGGAAUUGACUGGUAGUGGUAGUGGAUGUCUCAUUGUUCUGAGGAAGGAAAAAUUAAACCCCAUUUUUGCUGCUGAGGGAAUUGUAACACAACCUGGAGUUUUAUAUUGUAAGGUAUAAAAAAAUGUCAUCUGACAGUUUUGAUAGAUGAAGUUCUGCAUAGAAUGCAUUGAAAUAAACCAAAUCCAAAUAUGGCUGAAA